AUGGCGCACGGCGCGGAGGACUGCGCGACCGUCCUAGAGCAGUUCGUUCACGAUGCCGCCAAUUUGCCCGCCGAAAUCAACCACUUGAUGGAAGAAAUUCAAGCGAAGGAUAAGACUAUGCAGGAAUGUCGGGCUACCAUCAACUCGCGCGACGGCAGCAUCCAAAAAUUCGUUAAAUUAAACGGCAGUCUGGCUCCCAAUCCAAAAGAAGACCAAUAUAGCAAAUCCGUGCUUCAGAACCUCGACCGCAGCCAGCAACUACAAGACGAGAAGAUACAUCUUAGCGAGAAAGCUUGCGUUCUCCUAGAUCGCCAAAUUAAGCGGCUGGAUGUCCGAAUUCGAGAUCUAGUCAAUGAUGGCCUCCUCACGAAUGACCCGCCUCUUCCUUCUCUCUUCGAUAACAAGAAUAACUACCGCGACCCGCCUAGAAUCUUCUUUCCUGACUCUAACACUACCGAAACAUCCUCUUACUCCACCCCUCUCAACCAGUCAUCCGGGAAUACAAACCCCAUUCUCGCAGCUGCUCAGCGUCUAAAUCAGGCAUCUAGUACUCCCCGCGUCGCUGUGCCCGCCUCCAUGGUUGCUCAAGUUACAGCCAGGAGUUCUGCCCCAGCAACUCCCGUCGGAACUACAGGUGUCCAUCUUCAACAACGACAACGCGAGUCCUCCGCCGGUGCAGUGGAUAGCAAACGCCGUCGUUUGAACCAUCCAUCAUUAGGGACUCUCCCGGCCGCCUCGUCUAAUCUUCGACAAGCUUCUAUGGGCCCGGGCACACCUAAGCCUGGGACACCGGCUGGGAGCCGUGCGGGAAGUGUAGGACCGCGAGCUAGCGGGGCGAUCAAAAAGGCAUUGACGAAGAAAAUCGCGCCUCAUCACCAGGUUAAGAAGCUUAAGUCUUCUUCUCAUGGGAAGCCGACGAAGAGGUCUUCUAGUGCGAGUGGGAGGGUGAAGUUAUCGAAGAAGUCGCCUGCUGGUGAGGGAGAGGAAGAUGAUGAUUCCAUGCUGAGUAGUGCCGAUAUGUCGGAUUCUGAUAAGAGUGAUACUGCGGGUGGAGAUGAGGAUAUGGAGGAGGAUGAAGAGGAGGAUGAGGGAAAUGAGGAUACGAAGGUCUACUGUACUUGUCGGACUGUUAGUCAUGGGGAUAUGGUGGCGUGCGACAAUGAUAGUUGUCCUUAUGAGUGGUUCCAUUGGAAAUGUGUUGGAUUGAGUCGGGAGCCUGUGGGGACGUGGUAUUGUGAUGAGUGCAGGAAGACGCUGGGAAAAUAG